AUGGAAAACGGAUCACCAGCUACUACCACCAGGAAAAUAAGGGCUCAAUGGAUUUCGCAACAGAUGAAAAACAUUGUUAAAAUGGUAGAAAGGGUCGACAUGAACAGCAAGCAAGUGUACCACUACCACAUCAUCACCAACGCAGACAUCGAGGAAGAAUUAACAAAGAGUAAGCAAGCAUAUCCUAUUGUACAUUAUAAAAAUGAAACGUGUUAUGACAAGUGCGGACUCAGACGACGAGACUCAGUGCAGUCAAUUAAAACGACAACCGAUGACGACGACACAGGGAGUGAACGAAGUAGGAAUAUACGAUUGGAAGAUGAUACGGGAAGGAAAGAG